ACAGCUGGUUUCGAUGCUCCUGACGGAUGGUCACCUCGUCGACUGAGCGAUUGUAUGAUCCAACAACUGCUUGAGAGACUACUUCGCGAAGGCUGGCUAUAACUUGAUGAGAUGGCUAGAUGGGUAUACGAAGAGUCUAACCUCACUGUAUCUCAACAGCUUCUAUCUAAAGAGUUGUCUGAGCGAGGCUGGGAUCGUAAGCUAUUGAAACGUAUUAGUAGUGCGCGCUCAGAGACAGCACCCACUCCAUACCAGCAGACUCUUACGUGUUCUUGGAUGAUGGAUGGAGGCGUCGAGCAAGAGCACCGAAAGGACAGACUCCGACCAUACCUACUGCCUGCCCUUGAGGUAAAACCCCGGGCGUGCGAGGACAAUCAUUAUGGAUAGUCUCGCGCUUCAUACGAAUCAACAGAUUCAG